AGAAGUCCGAGCAGAAGGGGAAAGGGGGGGAAGGAGGGAGGAGGUGCGGGACCUGCCGGGGUCCGCGGGGCGCCGAGGGAGGGAGCGUCCGGAGCACGAGGAGGAGGGGAGCUGCAGGUUUCUUUCCCUUGUGGAUAAUGACGGACACCUUGGGAUACGUGACUAUUAUUAAACGGACCGGGGCCGAUGGUUACCGGUACCCCCUAAACCGACCUUCCUGCUUGUUCGGGAGGAGCACUGAGUGUGACAUCCGGCUCCAGCUACCUGUUGUUUCAAAACAGCAAUGCAGAAUUGAAUUUAAUCAACAACUUAAGGAGGCUGUAUUGAUUAAUUUAAAUUCUUCAAAUCCAACUCACUUAAAUGGAACUACCAUUUGCCAUCCUGUAAAAUUGGAGCAUGGAGACUUAAUUACCAUAUUUGACCGUUCUUUCAGGUUUGAAUAUGAAUGUGGCAUUCAAAAUGAAGGAAAACCACCAAUAAGGCCUUCAGGACCAAAAAACAAAGAGGUGAUGCCAGCUCGAUCCCGAAGUAUCUCAACUCUGGACUAUGAACCGUGCCAAAGAAGAGAACGCCACCACCAUUCCUUCAGCGAUAUUCCUACAGAACACACUGAAGAAAAUAACACAAGACCAUUCUCACUAAUGAGCUAUUUAGAGGAAAUGAAUGCAGAUAAACCUAAAAAGUGUGAUGAUACUUCAGAUAAUGUGGAAGAACAUCUUGCAGGGAAAACUCCAACUUUACAUAAGAAAGAACCCAAAAAAAGUACCACAAAUGUCACUGAGAAAAGUUCCAUUUCCAUCGAUCCAGCAGCUGACUGCAGUGAAGAUGUGAAUGUGAGUCCCACAUUUCCAAAGAAGAAUGAAAAUCAUGAUUUCUCUCCUUUUAAGAAACUUUUUGGCCUGAUGAAAGGAGAAUUAAACAGUAACCGCCAACAAGUAGGCCAUCAGAGCUACCCUAGCAGCAGAAAAUCUGGGCCCAAGAUUCAGAUCAGCAUGGAUGAUAGAGAGCAGAAGACAGAGCCCCUCCGCUCGUCCCCCUCCAGAGCCUCUCCCAGGAGCCAGGGCCAUCUGAACAUCCUCAAUGCCUUUGGGGAGCUCCAGGAGGGCAGGAGUGCCAAAGAAGGAAAGCCCAAAGUCCUGCAGAGGAGCCUGGCUCGAGGGAGCCCUGGACCGGCCUUGGAGCUGGAGAGGAGCCAUGAGGAAGAAAGGUGGUUUGAGGACCCCUACGAGAGCGCUUUGGAGCAGAGCCAGGCAGAGAGAUUCCCAGCUGAGAGGCCGAGCCAAGAGGUGGAACGGUUGAAGGCGCCCCGAAAACGCAGAAGUGAGGGGUUAGCUGCCAGGAAUUCAGGGAGAAGAAAGGAGGAGGACAGACGGAGGUCGGCCCCCCUGUUGCUCCCAUCAGAGAACCCCAGUCAUCCUUCUUCUCUGUACACACUCCGGUCCCAAACCAAGAGAUUUUCCUCCUGGGAAAGCGGUAAACUGCCCAAAUUAGGGGGAGAGACUGCCCAAGCUCCCGACCACAUGGGCACGCCUGUUCUCAAAGAGAGUGACUUUAAUGGUGGGGGAGCAUCUCCAGAUAUGCCCAAAAAUAAAGGGAGUCUCUUGAAGAACAAUCAGAUUACUCCAAAGAAGAAAGCCUCCAGUUCAGAAGAGAUAGCCAAGGAAACUGAAAAAGAAGAAUUCUAUUUUGAAGGUAAUGUGAAUGAGAGUGACAGAUCAGCCAAAAGGAGGAGAGUUUCUUUUGGAGUCCAUCUAAGACCUGAAUUAUUUGAUGAAAACUUACCUCCCAAUACACCUCUUAAAAGAGGAGAAUCCCCAGGGAUAAGACGAAAAGGUGGAAGCCAGCCUCAGACUGUCCUGAGAAAAUCAAUAAUUAAGCAGGAACAUUCUAAACUACUGGAAAAAGAGCCUUCUUCCCACACUGUAGAGGAAGGGGUAGCACUGCAUGCGCAUGUACAAGACCUGUCACCAGAGUUGCCUGAGACUAAGAAAAUAUUUGCCUGCUCCAGUAUUUCUCAAUCUUGUGAGAAUGCAGAAUCUGUUGCUGGUGAAAUCCAGUUUGAGAAGAUGAACAAGCCAUCAUCCUCAAAAAGCCCAGCUGCUGGAAGAAGAAGCCAACAUGAUAUUUUGCAGAGGAUUUAUGCCAAGAGGAGAAGUGGUGCAUCUGAAGCCAAUCUCAUGGUUGUACGCUCUUGGGCAGAUGUAGUGAGAUUAGGAACUAGGAAACCACAAACAGAUGUUGUUGUAAAACAUGGUCUUGAGAGAAGAAUAAUAAAAAAGCAGAAGAGAUUAACCCCUAAGAAGCCACCAAAUAGCAUUAAGGAUUCUUUUGGUACAGGUCAUGCAAACUCUCCCUGCACCAUAAUGAUUGGUAGAGCUCAUACUGAAAAAGUGACUGUACCUAUUCGGCCCUGUAGGAUGCUGAACAACUUUGUUUUAAAAACUGACAUGGAUAUGAAUGAGGAUUUUACAGGAUUAGCAGACAUGUUUAAAAUACAUAUAAAUAAGAAACGGAAGUCUGAGACUGGUACAGCUCCACCACUUUUGUUUGAAGAAAUGUCUUGUAAAGAACACCCUCCUACAUCUUCAGGAGAUGAGCACACUUCAGAUGAAUGUGCAAAGAAACUGAUAUCCACUACUCAGGAUGCAGCGCAAGAGUUACUUGCCUCAAGCAUUUUUUCAUGCCGCCGUUCCCCAAGAAAUCGACAGUCAAGGGGAGGAGAUAAUAUAACUAAAAUCCCUGAAAUGGGAAAUGAUGAAAUAAUAAUUCCAGGUGUAGAAGACCAUAAAAUAUUAACAUCAAGUUCAAAAAGGCUAAAGACUUGUACACCAAAGGAAAAUGAAGCAUCAUCCCCAUAUCGUAACAGAAUUAAAACACCAGAAAAUCAAAAAAUUAUUUGUAUAGAAGAAAAAUUAGAAAAUGGAAGUGCAAAUAGGGCUACAAAAAAAUUUAAACUAUCAAUGGAACAAAGUGUAGACCUGAAUUUUUAUAAUCCAGAAACACCAAAUUCAACACUCAACACUUUAGAAGAUAGCCAUAUCAUCAAGAGAUUGACUGAAAUGCCAAAUAAAGAGGACUCAAAAGAAAAUUCAAUAGAGAAACACACAAACCUAAAAAAUCAAAACAAAGAAAUAUUAGAUCAGUUAGGAGUCACACCUCCAUUAAAAAUUAGAUCAACUAAAGAGCAACCUGUCACCAACCAACCAGUAGAGAUACCAAAACAUAGAAGAAUGUCAUUGCAAAAUCAAAAGUACUCUCCAACAGAAGUCAAUAAAAUGACAAGUCUGAAGCCAGUUAUUGUGUGUCCAGAUGUGAUACCUACCUCAAAAACUGUAACAAUCAAGCAUGAACUAGGAGACAUGAAGAAAAAAGUAACAAGAACCCCAAAGCAAAAAAUAGAACUAGUGGAAUAUGAGGAUCUAAGUGGCAUCCGGGAACUUAUGACCACUCCAAGACCAACAGCAAAAGACAAAGUAGCAGAUUUUACUGGGGAUGAUGGAAAAGUUCAGAAAAAACGUAGAAGUUCAGUCCCGAAGCAAAAAAUAGAACUAGUAGAAGAUGAGGACCUGAGUGGGAUUCGGGAACUUAUGACAACUCCAAGACCAACAGCAAAAGACAAAAUGACAGGUUCUUCUGGGGAUGAUGGAAAAGUUCAGAAAAAUCUUAGAAGUUCAACUCCAAAGCAAAAAAUAGAACUAGUAGAAUAUGACGAUCUAAGUGGCAUCCGGGAACUUGUGACAACUCCAAGACCAACAGCAAAAGACAAAGUAGCAAAUUUUACUGGGAAUGAUGGAAAAGUUCAGGAAAAACGUAGAAGUUCAAUCCUGAAGCAAAAAAUAGAAGUAGUAGAAGAGCAGCACCUAAGUGGCAUCCGGGAACUUAUGGUAACUCCAAGACCUAUAGCAAAGGACAAAAUGACAGAUUCUUCUGGAGAUGAUGGAAAAGUCCAGAGAAAAUGUAGAAGUUCAACCCCAAAGCAAAAAAUAGAAGUGGUGGAAGAUGAGGACCUGAGUGGGAUCCGGGAACUUAUGGCAACCCCGAGACCAACAGUAAAAGACAAAGUGGCAGAUUUUGCUGGGGAUGAUGGAAAAGUCCAGAGAAAACGUAGAAGUUCAACCCCAAAGCAAAAAAUAGAAGUGGUGGAAGAUGAGGACCUGAGUGGGAUCCGGGAACUUAUGGCAACCCCGAGACCAACAGUAAAAGACAAAGUGGCAGAUUUUGCUGGGGAUGAUGGAAAAGUUCAGAGAAAACGUAGAAGUUCAACCCCAAAGCAAAAAAUAGAAGUGGUGGAAGAUGAGGACCUGAGUGGGAUCCGGGAACUUAUGGCAACCCCGAGACCAACAGUAAAAGACAAAGUGGCAGAUUUUGCUGGGAAUGAUGGGAAAGUUCAGAAAAACCAUAGAGGUUCAACCCAAAAGCAAAAAAUAGAAGUGGUGGAAGAUGAGGACCUAAGUGGGAUCCGGGAACUUAUGGCAACUCCGAGACCAACCACAAAAGACAAAGUGGCAGAUUUUGCUGGGAAUGAUGGGAAAGUUCAGAAAAACCAUAGAGGUUCAACCCAAAAGCAAAAAAUAGAACUAGUGGAAUAUGACGAUCUAAGUGGCAUCCGGGAACUUAUGACAACUCCAAGAACAACAGCAAAAGACAAAAUGACAGGUUCUUCUGGGGAUGAUGGAAAAGUUCAGAAAAAUCUUAGAAGUUCAACUCCAAAGCAAAAAAUAGAACUAAUAGAAGAUGAGAACCUAAGUGGAAUCCUGGAAUUUAUGACAACCCCAACAUCAACAACAAAAGACAAAGUGGUAGAUUUUGCUGGGGGUGAUGGAAAAGUUCAGAAAAACCGUAGAGGUUCAACCCAAAAGCAAAAAAUAGAACUAGUGGAAUAUGACAAUCUAAGUGGCAUCCGGGAACUUAUGACAACUCCAAGACCAACAGCAAAAGACAAAAUGACAGGUUCUUCUGGGGAUGAUGGAAAAGUUCAGAAAAAUCUUAGAAGUUCAACUCCAAAGCAAAAAAUAGAACUAGUAGGAGAUGAGAACCUAAGUGGAAUCUGGGAACUUAUGACAACCCCGGGACCAAGAGCAAAAGACAAAGUGGCAGAUUUUGCUGGGGAUGAUGGAAAAGUUCAGAAAAAACGUAGAAGUUCAACUCCAAAGCAAAAAAUAGAAGUGGUGGAAGAUGAGGACCUGAGUGGUAUCCGGGAACUGAUGGCAACCCCAAGAUCAACAACAAAAGAGAAAGUGGCAGGUUUUGCUGGGAAUGAUGGAAAAGUUCAGAAAAACCGUAGAGGUUCAACCCAAAAGCAAGAAAUAGAACUAGUGGAAUAUGAAGAUCUAAGUGGCAUCCGGGAACUUAUGACAACUCCCAGACCAACAACAAAAGACAAAAUGACAGAUUCUUCUGGGGAUGAUGGAAAAGUUCAGAAAAAUCUUAGAAGUUCAACUCCAAAGCAAAAAAUAGAAAUGGUGGAAGAUGAGGACCUGAGUGGGAUCCGGGAACUUAUGACAACUCCCAGACCAACAGCAAAAGACAAAAUGACAGAUUCUUCUGGGGAUGAUGGAAAAAUUCAGAAAAAACGUAGAAGUUCAACACCAAAGCAAAAAUUAGAAAUGGUGGAAGAUGAGGACCUGAGUGGGAUCCGGGAACUUAUGACAACCCCAAGAUCAACAAAAGACAAAGUAACAGAUUUUGUUGAGGAUGAUGGAAAAGUUCAAAAAAAUCUUACAACCUCCAAACAAAUUGUAUGUACUGAUACAGAUGCCAAAGUCCAAAAGAAGCUGAUGAGGUCAGUAAAACAACAAAUUGAGAUGGAAGAUCUCAAUGAUACUGAGCAGCUUAAGAAGACUCCCAAACGAAAAUGUGAGCCUGCUGAAGACCUAACAAUGGUCAAGAGACUGAUGAGAAGCCCUAAGGACAAAGUAGAACCAGAAGAGGUUGUGGUAUGCAGUGAAAGACUGCUAAGGACUCCUAAGGAAAAAGCACCUACAGUAGUAGAGAGUCUCAGGAGACUUGUACCUCCUCUUGAGGAAAACUUAGAAUCACUUAUUACUCCAAAGCAAAGAGUGGUUGAUUUAGUCAAAGAUAACGUCAACAAGGAUGUCAUCUUGACAAAGUGUGAUUCAGAAAAUCUGAGCAGAACCAGGAGACAGUCAAGAAUUGCUAAGGAAAAGGAGGAACUGAUAGAAGAUGUAAAAUGUGUCAAGAACUCUAUUAAAACAGCAAAACAGAAAUGUGAUCCAGUAGAAGAUGCCAUAGCAUUGGGUACCAAGAAUCUUAGUAAAACUCAACCAAUAGAUGAUAACUCAGGCUUGGGGAAACUUAUAAGCAAACCCCAAGAAGGAAAAAAUGUAGAAAACAUUGCAUAUCCUAAGAAACUCAUGAAGACUCCUAAAGGAAAGAUAGCACUUUUGAAAAUUCCCACAAACAAAGUAAAACCAGAAGAUCUAAAUAUGACUUUUAAUGAAAGGGGAGAGUUAACCACAGAAGAUCCAGUUAACACUAAGAAAUUGGUGAGGACCCCUAAAGAAAAGGAGGGAGAAUUGAUGAAAGAUCUAAAUGCUAUUAGAUUGACGACCCCUAAAGUAAAAGGCCAGUUGGAUAAAGAUUUGACAGGUGUUAUUGUGUUUAUGGGGACUCCAAAUAAAGUAGAAGACAUAAAUAAUGCACAAGAAAUAUCUGAAUCAGAUUCAGAACUUUUACAAGAAUUAAAAAUGCUCAGAAAAAAAGCAAUAGAUGAUUUCAGUGCUUCUAAUCAAGAACCUCAAAUAAUAGAAGAAAUACUAGAACCAGCCCAGGAAGUCAAACCUCAGACAGUUGGUGGUGGCCGUGUUAGGAAUAAGUUACCGAAAUCAAGAAAAAGAGUGGUGGGAGAUGUCUACAAAUUAAAGACACCUUCAAGAACAAAAGACUCCAAUGUUGAAGUAGACUAUACUGGGUUUAAAGAAAUGUUUGAAUCACCAGAAGAAAGCAAGGACUACUCAGAGGAAGUGGACCAAUUCCAACUACAAAUUUGCACUAAUCCUUUUGAGAAAGAUAAAGAUAAAUCUGAUCCCUCUAAAACUGAUGGGUCAUUAUACUCAAUGAGCCUAAAGGAAAACGUUAAAAAAGACGAAACUACUCAAGCUCAACAAGAACAUGAUACUUUGCCUAGUGAGAUAGAAAAUCCAUUCACCAAAAAAAACCAAAAGAAAUCUCUGCUGAGAUUUCAGGGUGAAAUAAAAGAUACAGGUGGCUUAAAUCAAAGAACAUUAAGAACCAGAAGAAAAACCACAUUUGAUGCCGAGUCAAAAGUUACUUCAACAAAGAUCGAUGAUGAAAAGAUUGUGAAGAACAUCACCAUGGGGAGAAACAAGAAAUCUCUUGACAGUUUUCUGGAUGAAGUGAGUGAUAAAAAUGAUAGCAGUGAGAGAACAUUAAGAUCCAGAAGAAACACCAGAUUUAAUGCAGAGUCAACACCUGCUUCAGCAAAGAUGGAUGAUGGAAGUUUGGAACAUUCAGAAAAGGAGGAACCUGUGAAGACUGGGUCCAGAACAUUCUGCAAUGCAGAGAGUCGCAGGCAUCAAACUCAUAAGGAAGUACAGAGUUGUAGUUCAAGUUUUUCAGAGGGAGAAAAAGAGAAUUCUGAAGAAACUGUAGACAAUUUAAAGAAGAGGGUUGCAGGGAGAGCAACAUCAAGAUCAAGAUCUAAAAAUAAAAAUGCAGAAUCACCUAAUGAGUCAAAUGUUUCACACACAAAUGAUGAAAAAUGCUCAGACAAUAAGAGGUUGACAGAAGAGAAACUGAUUCAAAAAAUGGCAGCCCCCCCCUUAAGAUUUAGCAGCAGGAAUAAAACCAGUAAGGAAUUGCUUGUAUCCCCUAGUUCUUUACUGAGUGAAACAAAUAGGUCACCAAGGGAGAAGAAUGAAAAGAAAAAAAGGGUAACUAUAACAACUAGAAAUACAAGCAAAGCUGAUAUAAAAUUACAAGAAUCUACUGGUAGUUUGGUUAAUAAAAUAGUUUCAUCUCCCAAAGAGGGAGAUGAGGAGGAGAAAUUUGAAAAGAGAGUUGGGAAUAGAGGAAAUUCAGUUUUGAGAUCUAGAAACAGAAAUAAAAGUAAGGACAUGUUACCUUGUGAAUCAAAUAUAUCCUACACAGAUGAGGAAAGGGAAAAUAUAAAAAAUUUGCCAGAGAAACAAAAAGAACACAAAGUACGGGUAACUGUCUCUAGAAAUAGUAAAUUUCUGAAUACAUGCGAUAGUUUAUAUAGUUCAGGAAACAAUGAAAACCCUAUGAAUAGCUGCGACCAGGGCAGGACAGAUGUGAAUGAGAAAGGCAUAGGUUUGAGAACCAGAAGCAGAAAUAAAUCUAAAGAAAAACAAGAGUCAUAUUCAAUACACACAGAAUGCAGAGAGGAUAAUGAAAGGAGUUUACCAGCAAGAUCGAAGAGUAUAUCUGUUAAUGAAAAAAUGGCAUCUUCAAGAACUAGAAACAGGAUUAAGAAUGCUACAGAAACUCAAGAAGUUAAUACUUUGCCUACUGAAGUAUAUAAACCUCAGACUGAAGAGAAGUCAAAAGUUGCAAGUCCAGGGAAAGUAGGUAAAUCUAGGAGCAAAAAGAAAACGGAUCUAAAAAAAUCUGAACCAAUCAGGAGCUCCCCUGAGAAAUUAGAACCUCAAAGUAAAAACCAAGAUGUUACAGAAACACAAGAAGUUCCACCUUUGUGUUGUGUACAGACAGAGCCUGAUCAACACAAUGCAUCUUUGCGAUCUAGAACCAGAAAAAGAUUGCUUCACUCCUCCAGUGUUGAACCUGAGGAACUUUGCCUAAAGGAUGAAAAGCCUGUGAAAACUCAGAAAAGGUUAAAUGAUACAACAGAAGAUGGGAAGCUAUCUCUAAAGCCAAAAAGGAAAAGGAAAAUGGAUACAGAACUGAGAGAUUCUGCAGAGGAAGAGAAAAUUCCUGUAGGAAUUCGACCUUUAACUAGAAAGAGAAACAAAGUUGAUAAAGAACUGCAAGAAAUUCCUCCUGUAUCUAGUGCAAAUGAGAUCGCGAUAGCUGAAGCAGACGAAGAAAAGCUUUCAAACCUGGGAAAUAAACUAAGAGGUAAAGCAAAGGAAAAUGCAAUAGCUGAAGCAGAUGAAGAAAAGCUUUCAGGCCUGAGAAAUAAACUAAGAGGUAAAGCAAAGGGAAAAACAAAAGAGUCCUUUGAAGUUGAAGAAUCAAAUGGCUUUCCUUUGUCUAGUGCAACUGACAUAGCUUAUACAUUGGACCUCUCACCCUCUGGGACUUUUUCAAACAAGCGCUUAACUAACAGAAGAGGCAUGGGAAGCAGGCUUAAAAAUAAAAGUGAUACGAAUCUGCAGACAUCUGCUGAUGUUAGCAAAACUGACCCAUCUACUGCCAGCAUGAGUCAAACAUCUGUAAUUGGAUCCAAAUAUAAACAUAAAAGUGAUUUGGAGCAGCAAAGAUCUUCUAAUCUUAGCGAAGAUAACUCAUCUACCGCUGCCUCCAAAACGAUUCUAACAGGAUCAGGAAAAGCUAAAAGGGGGAAGAAAGUUGAUUUCACUCUUUCAACAAAGAAAAGGGGGAGAGCAGCAACCACCAGCAUCAAAACAGAGGCAACUGCUGUUGAAAACUUUAGUAUUCCACACAGUCCUCCAAAAUCUUCCCAAGUGCAAGAUAAUCUUUCAGCAGCAAAAGGAACCAAGUCAGGGCUAAAAGCCCAAUCAAAACUUAAAACAAAUCAGACUCGAGAAAAGAGUGCUUUAUCAGGCAGUGAAAAAAAUUACACUCUAAGAGGAACCAGACCAACUACUAGAAGUUCGAAGCAGAAAUAACAGCAACCAGACAGCAAAGAAGAACAUUGAAGCCUGAGAAAAAAAGAAAGUGACGGUGCUUAUUUUGUAAAUCCUCAAAUAUAAUUUCAAGCUGAUUUAUAUAUCCUGCCAAUGAAGAAAUGAUUGUUAUAGAAA